GGCGAGUGCUUUCGCUCGAUUUCGGGGGCGGAUCAGACGGCCGCGAGCGAAUCCGGGGAUCUCCCCCCUCCCUCCCGCUCUGUUCCUGCCUCUGCUCCCCGCCCGUUUCCUCUCAAUCCUUCCUUCUCCCUGCUUCUCUCCCUCGCGGAAAAAAAAAGAAAAGAAAAGGAAAAGGGGGAGUGGAAAAGAUCUCCUCUUCGUCCUGUUUCUGUUGGCGUCGCUGCUCGGCAGCUCGUUCGCUAGCUACCACCCAAAAGGCGGCAGUCGAUCGCCUGAUAGCUCAGCCGCUCUCCUCUGUCGCUUCCGAGCUCUUGUGCCGCCGCGCGCCGGCGAGGAUCUGUCGACCGAGAGAGGAGCCACCCGCCGUCCAAGAAGAGGAGGAAGAAGAUCAUCUUUGCGUCAGAAGGAGCAGUGACGAGAUACCACUGUCCGCGUGGUCACAAGCAUUGCUGCGAGACUGUGAUUGGCGGGAGUUGCUUUGGAUGAGCAAUAGCCUGAUGGUGGCUUGCUAACUGGACCAGAUUCUUAUCUUAGGGUGUGUUUGAGAGAGAGAGGAUUGGGAAGAUUGGGAAGAUACACAAAACGAGGGAAGGAGGAUUUGCGCGGUUCUGGACUACUCGAGAGGCUAGGAAAUGCUUGCGUGCAUCGCGUGUUCGACCAAGGACGGCGGGGAGGGCGGGCACCGGUCCGCCACCGCCACGCCCAACUCCGGCAAGUCUCUGACUUCACAGUUGAAGGACAUGGUGCUCAAGUUCUCCGGCAGCGGCAGGCACCAAUACAAGUCCGGCGGGAGCCCGUCGUUGAGGACCAGCCGCUUCCACCGCUCCAGCCGCCUCGCCGCGUACCCGGGCAUCAUCGACGAGUCGGGCUUCACGUCGGACGGGGCCGGCGAGGCCUAUACUUACAUGAGGACGACGACGGCGAGCGCCGGCGCCCGGGCCGCGCCGUCGACGUGGGACUUGCCGCCCAAGGUGAACCACCGCAGCUUCCAGCCGCGCGUGAUCAGGAGCCCGAGCGCGAGCGGGGUACCGAGCAUCGGGGAGGAAGACUACGACGACGACGACGACGACGAUGACGAGGAGACAGUCCUCCUGGAGGAGGACCGCGUGCCGCGGGAGUGGACGGCGCAGGUGGAGCCCGGCGUGCAGAUCACCUUCGUCUCCAUCCCCGGCGGCGCCGGCAACGAUCUGAAGCGCAUCCGUUUCAGCCGGGAGAUGUUUAACAAGUGGGAGGCGCAGCGGUGGUGGGGGGAGAACUACGACCGCGUGGUGGAGCUCUACAACGUGCAGACGUUCAGCCGGCAGCAGGGCUUCUCGACGCCGACGUCCUCCGUCGACGAAGCCAUGCAGAGAGAUUCGUUCUACUCCCGCGUCGGCUCGACGAGGGAGAGCCCGGCGAUGAUGAUGCCGCCGCCGCCGCCGCUGCCGUCGUCGGGUGCUGGCAGGGAGCACCCGAUCAGCCGGACAGCGUCGAGCAAGGCGCAGCUGUCGUCGUCGUCGUCGGUGGCGGCGGCUCGGCCGCCGUUCUACCCGUCCACGGCCGUGCCGGACCCGUCCGACCACGUGUGGGCGCACCACUUCAACCUCCUCAACUCCGCGGCCGCCGGACCAGCGGCGCCGUACGACCCGUCGCGCGGCACGACGUCGUCCCGGGACGAGGCGUCCGUGUCCAUCAGCAACGCGAGCGACCUGGAGGCCACGGAGUGGGUGGAGCAGGACGAGCCUGGGGUGUCCAUCACCAUCCGCGAGUUCGGCGACGGCACCCGCGAGCUCCGCCGCGUCCGGUUCAGCCGCGAGAGAUUUGGCGAGGAGCGGGCCAAGGUGUGGUGGGAGCAGAACCGGGACCGGAUACACGCGCAGUAUCUGUGAGCUAACGCGAGACCCAUCGUUGAUGAGAGUGAAGUGAUACUGUGACAGAAGCUAACGCGUCGCCGGGAAGAAUAGUUAAGAGUGUGAUGAUACUACUACUUUGCCGCUGCUACGGUUAGUGCUACUAGGUUUUUUUUACAGGGUGAAUAUAGGAUGAGGGGGAAGGAUGCUGUGGUCUGAGAAGCAGCAGGCUCAGUCAAGCUGCUACUCUUGUUAACUGACCACUUUGGUCUUCCGUUUGUAACCUUUAUGGACAGGGUGUUCGUUUAAUUCGUUUGUUUUAGCAUGGUUU